AUGGCCGGUACAAAGCUUCCUUAUCACGCCGAUCACAUCGGCUCCUAUAUCCGGCCGGAGGCUCUCUCCUGGACCCAGGCGCAAGCCGAUGCCGGCGAGGCUUCCCCCGAGCAACUGGUCGCGGCUCAGAAGGCUGCUAUUGCCGACAUUGUCAAGAAGCAGCAGGAGCAUGGAGUCCGAGCCAUCACUUCUGGCGAGUUUGAUCGCAAGUACUACUUCUCGGGCUUCUUUGAGAAGCUCGGCGGCUUCCGGGAGGUGAGCCCUGUGCCAUGGGAGCUCGCGCGCAUCUCUGCGCCCCCAAUUGCUGCCCUUAAGAAGGCUGGCAAGCAGUACCCCAUGGCCGCUCUAUGCGAGGGCAAGAUUGAGUACAAGGAGAGCCCUUAUCUCGAGAACUGGAAGAUGCUGCGGGAGUGCGUGCCCAAGGAGCAAUGGGGCGAGUGCAAGUUCACCAUGCCGCCACCCUGCUACUUCCACCUUCGACUGGCAUCGGGCAAGUGCUACACCCCUGAGGCUUACUCAAACGAUGAGGACUUCUUUGCCGAUUUGACAAAGGCCUACCGUCAAGAGCUCAAGGCGCUGUACGCUGAGGGUGUUCGCAACAUUCAGAUUGACGACCCCACUCUCGCCUACUUUUGCUCCGACGACAUGCUUGCUGCUCUCAAGGAUGAGGGUGUCGAUCCUGACAAGCUGUUUGAUCUUUACCUGAAGGCUCACAAUGACUGCAUUGCUGACCGCCCUGAGGGUCUGCAUGUUGGACUUCACAUCUGCAGAGGCAACUUUUCCAAGUCUAUGCAUUUCAGUGAGGGUUCCUAUGAGAAGAUUGCUGAAAAGUUCUUCACCACCCUCAACUAUGACACCUUCUUCCUUGAGUACGACAACCCCCGCUCAGGCGGAUUCGAGCCCCUUCGCUUCCUGCCCAAGCACAAGAACGUUGUUCUUGGAGUUGUCACCACCAAGGAUCCCGAGCUUGAGGACGCGCAGGUCAUCAAGCAGCGCGUGCUAGAUGCAGCCAAGAUUAUCGCCAAGGGCCAAGGCCGCAGCCUCGAGGAAGCUCUCGAGCAGGUCGGCGUCAGCCCUCAGUGUGGCUUCGCCAGUGUUGCCGUUGGCGCCGAGGGUAUGACCGAGGAGAAGAUGUUUGCCAAGUUGAAGCUUGUCAACGAUGUUGCUCACGAGAUCUGGCCUGGCAAGCCUUGAGAUGGUUUCAUGAAAGAGAAAGUGUAUUUAGGAGUUGUGGGACCUGGUAGAGUCCCUUUGCAUAGCGUGGUGUUGUCGACGAAAAGACAUGUGGUGUUCUGAUGAGUGAAAAAGGAAGAGUUCUAGGCGGUCUUGCUCGCAUAUUUUCAACAAUACUUGCAUCUUUGGGCCCUUGAGUUGCCUGUCAAUGGGUUGACGUUUAGUUUGGCUCACAUAAAACCGCGUACGUUAGGGUAACGGUUCAAUAAGGGAUUAGAAGAGACUCCAUAAGGAAUCCCCCUUUCCUUUGGAUCAUUUUCUCCUAUUGUUUGAUUAUUUUUCAAUAAAAUCAUCUUAGGAUAUUCAU